AUGGUGGAGCCAGCGCCGGUGCUCAAGGUGCCGCGUGGGACUGUGGCCUACUAUUAUGAUAACGACGUGGGCAACUUCUCGUACGGGUUUGGGCAUCCCAUGAAACCACACCGCAUGCGCAUGGCACACAAUUUGAUUGUGAACUAUGGCCUGGAUAAGCAUAUGCAGAUUCUGCGUCCCCCACGAGCGACACGCAGCGAUAUGAGCAAGUUUCACACGGACGAAUACAUUGAUUUCCUUUCGCGCGUCACGCCUGACAAUGCGCAGGAACUGACGGGCGAUGGCACGCGGUACUUGAUCGGUGAGGACUGCCCUGCGUUUGAUGGACUAUUUGAGUUCUGUACCAUUUCGUGUGGUGGCUCCAUUGCCGCGGCGAACCGCCUGAAUGAAGGCCUAGCCGAUGUCGUGAUCAACUGGUCCGGUGGCCUGCACCAUGCCAAGAAGCGCGAGGCCAGUGGCUUUUGCUACACGAACGACAUUGUGCUAGCGAUCCUCGAGUUGCUGCGCACCCACAUGCGUGUGCUGUACAUUGACAUUGACGUGCACCAUGGCGAUGGUGUGGAAGAAGCCUUUUAUACCACGGACCGUGUCAUGACAUGCUCGUUCCACAAGUUCGGCGACUUUUUCCCAGGGACAGGCGAUGUGCGUGAUAUCGGCAUGAAAAAGGGCAAGGCGUAUGCGGUCAAUGUGCCUCUUCGCGAUGGCAUUGACGCUGAUACCUUUGGCGCGAUUUUCCGCCCUGUCAUUCAGCACAUUAUGGACUGGUACCGUCCGGGGGCUGUGGUCCUGCAAUGUGGGGCGGAUUCCCUUGCCGGCGACAAGCUAGGCUGCUUCAACCUGAGCAUGCGGGGCCAUGCGAACUGCGUCGAGUUUGUGCGCUCGUUCGGUGUGCCGCUGAUUUGCGUGGGCGGCGGCGGCUAUACGGUUCGCAAUGUGGCGCGGACGUGGACCUACGAAACGGGUCUCCUGCUGGGCCAGGAGCUGUCGCCCAACAUGCCUUUCAACGAUUAUAUCCAGUACUUUGGGCCGGAGUACAAGUUGGACGUUCCACCGAUGAACAUGGAGAACUACAACACACCGCAGUACCUGGACGGCCUGCGUACACGCAUCAUCGAUAACCUACGCUCGAUGCCGUUUGCGCCCAGUGUGCAAAUGCAGGAGACGCCACGUACGUCGCUCCAGGCGGCGGUAGGGAUGGACUUGUCAGACGACGAGGACUCCGACUUGGACGAACGCAUUACGCAGCGCAUGCGGGAUCGACAUACGCAGGCGUUUGGCGACGAGCUCAGCGACGACGAGGACGAUCCAAGCGUCGUGGCAGCGUACGAGGCCGACAUUGCGGCCAUGCGGGCAGCGCCGCCGCCGCCGCCGCCGCCCGGUAUGAGCUAUGUUCAUGAUUGGCGUGGGGCCCGUGGCCCGCCGCCGCCGCCGCCGCCGAUGUCCAUGUCGAUGCCGCCGAUGGCGCCGCCACCACCACCACCACCCAUGAAUGCGCAUGGUCCUUCUAUGCUGCCAUUCCCUCGUGCAUAG